UUGUAAAUAAAAUAUGGUACGAUGCUGUGAAGCACGAACUUGGCACCUAAAUUAACUAAUGUGUAUAAUCCACGUAUUUCAUCUAGCAAAUAUUACAUGCAUGCCGAAACUAGGAGUUCAAUAAUAUUUUUGUUUUUCAUUUCAUGCUAGUACUACGCGUGUACCGUUAUUUACUACAGCUUAUCUACGUCGUUAAUUAAUUAUAUCACAAUCAGCUGAUGUAUCUACAUUUGUGUAUGCGUAUUAUUUAAUUCAAUUAGUCACCGUACAAGUGCAGAUUUUUCGAGUUAGCAGAAGCGAUCGAUUUGGUUUGAUUCUGACAAAGAAGGAACGUUAUAACUUCAGACUGCAAAGAAUUUUGCAGUUGUUACUUGACUUCUUAAUUUUUGGAUUUAAAGCGGGCUAAAUAAAAUGAAAUUCGCCAGCCUAUGCUUUUUGCGUGCCAAGGUCGCCCAUCUUAUAUCAACAUCCGUAGUUGGCGCAAGUUCUAUUAAUCCAAUAGUUUGCCAUACAGAUAUACUACCUAUUGCGUCCGAUCGAUUAAUAAAUUGGCUAGAUAACGAUAAACUUAUGUUAAAAACUCGUAUGUAUAGUCAAAUAAACAACGCAAAAUUACAGGUGACGGAAUCCACGUGUCAAUGAAUUCUAAGACGAUAGAAGAGCCCUGAAUCUAUCAAACGAUCGUUAAAUUCACCGAUAAUUAGUUGCGUUUGUUCACACGUAAUCGUUUGACUGUUACUUAUGUUUGGUUAUCGUUUUUAAAUAACAUUUUCAUUCAAGACGGCUCAUUCUCCUUAUAGAUAUUGUCGUACGUUACGUUAUUCAAAAUUUGCAAAAAUAGAAACCAAAGUAAGUUUAAAAAUGUCUUCGAGAUCGUCGUGGAGUCCUCGAGUCACUCAACCCGCUUCUGGACCAACGACCGAGGAUUUUGAAUCGACGCUUCCAAGGUCUUCGGAAUUCGUUCACUGCGAAUUGGAGCAGCUCGAUUUAAACGAGUGGCUUCGGUCAAAUGAGGAAAAUUUAGGACUGCAUAGUUCAAAAAUUACUGGGCCAGAACCCAUCACGAGGGGUGAAUGUGGAGACUGCGGAUUUCGAGGACGAGAAAUUUCGAUGCACGUUGAUUUUCUCGAGGCAAAACUGAGAGAGGAAACUCUAGCGACCACGGAGUGCAAGAAACAGUCGUUGGUAAAGGACAGAGAGAUCGAAAUUCUCAAACUGGAAAACCGCGAGAUGCGGUCCGAGUGUGACAAUAUAAAGGAUCAGCUAGAAGUAACUUCUAAGCACCUCGACGCCAUGGAAUUAUCGUUCAACGACGUUCACGAAAAAUACGAAAGAGCCAAGCAUACCGUACAGAUAAUGCAUCAAAACGUGGAGACGCUGAAGGAAAGCCUUGCAGAGCAUAAUUUAUGCAUCGGUAAAAAACACGAGCAAUUUCUCAUGCUCAAGGAACACGCUAUGGAACGGAUGGACUUUGCGAAUUCACAGUUGGAUUUGAUCGAGCGGAAAUAUUCACUUGAGACUUCAAAGCUCCGAGCCGCUUUACGAGAGGCCGAGCUUGGAGCUCGAUCGCUUUCUGAUCAGCUAGAGCAGAGAAACAGGGAUAACGCUGAAUUGACGAGCAUUUGCGACGGUCUGAUAGCACGAAUGGACAUCCGGAAGAAUAUUGGAACCGAUAACAAAUCGAUGUGCCAAGAGUAAGAAUCGCGACUUAUUCGAUGGGGAUCAAAAUGAUGGGAUGAAAUAAAAUUAAUCAGUCGCAG